AUGUGCCCAUGUGAUGUAAAUUCCAACAAUAUUAUGACAGUUUGGACUAAUCUUUAUGAUAGACGGUCAAAAAAACUUUCUUUAGAAAAUCCUAAACCAAAUUUCAAUGUGGGUGAUUAUGUUCGAAUAACUAAAUAUAAACAUGUAUUCCAAAAAGGAUAUGAAUCAAAUUGGAGUGAUGAAAUAUUUAUUAUAUCUUCGAUAAUUGAUAGAUCUCCAUGGGUUGUUUAUACAAUAACAGAUUUACAAAAUGAACCAAUAAUUGGUACUUUUUAUGAAAGAGAAUUACAGAAAAUCACUUACAACCCCACCUCACAACAUAAAAUAGAUAAAAUAAUUGACACUCGUUAUUCAAGUAACAGAAAAGAAGUAUUAGUGAAGUGGAAAGGUUAUCCAGAUAAAUUUAACAGUUGGAUUUUAGCUUCUAGUUUAAAAGAAAUAUGA